AUGCAGACCCUCAACUACAACUUCCUGACCCUCCAAGCCUGCAUGCGUGAAACGAUAUGCGCUCAAGGCAACAACAACUACAAGAUUCCUCAUGGCGGUAAGGCGAAACUGUUGGCUCGUGGGCUUUUGCCCCACGUCCUGGCAGCAGACAAUGAGGCCGUGGAGUGCGGUUUCCAGCAGCUUGACGAGUCUGACGUCAGUGCAAAGUUUGACCAACUGGCCGUGGAAGUGUCCGAAGCUAUGGAGAUGUCUGAAUUCAGCUCUCAGUUGGAAAAGCUGAUUGUCAACGACGAGCUCAAGGAGGACGCAGAUGCUAUUCGAUGGGCUGCGAACACGCAAGCAUUAGCGUCGCAUUCACGUCUCGCGAAAACAAUCGAUGCUAGGCUUGAAACGGUAAUAAGGCAAGUAUGUACGCACUUGCGAGUAAGCCAGUCCAUAUAG